AUGUGUUUGGUGCAGCAUUAUUGUAUGAUGAAACGAUUGAAACCUUUGAAUGGUUGUUUGCUGCAUUUGAUGGGAAAGAGACCAAAAACCAUCUUAACAGAUCAAGAUCAAGCAAUGAGCGCUGCUUUAGCUUCCAAGUGGCCAUCAACUUACCAUCGCUUAUGUGUUUGGCAUAUUUUUCAAAAUGCAGCCACUCAUCUCUCAAGCGUUUUUUCGAGUUUCAAACAUACACUUGCAGCUGAUUUUAGUCGUUGUAUAUACGACUAUGAAGAAGAGUCAGAAUUCCUUGAUGCAUGGAACAAAAUGAUAGAAAAAUACGACUUGAAAGAUAAUCAAUGGUUGGCAAGAAUGUUUUCUCUAAGGGAAAAAUGGGCAUUGGUUUAUGGAAGAAAUACUUUUUGUGCAGAUAUCAUUACAACUCAACGGAGUGAGUGCAUGAAUGCUAUUGUGAAGCAUUAUAUAAGUUACAAAAACAAUAUUGUUGAGGUGUUCCAUCAUUUCCAAAGGUUGAUAGAUGAUCGUCGUGAGAAAGAAUCAACAGAAGAUUUAAAAAAUGCUCAAAGUUAUCCUGCUAUGACAUUUCUAUUGGAAAUAUUAAAGCAUGCUGCUGCCGUUUAUACACAUAGGAUGUUUGCAUUGUUUAAUGAGGAGUUAAGAAAGGCAUUUGAAAGUAAGAUCGAGAGUGAGGAUGAAUUUGGAAGUUCAAGAAUAUAUAAGGUCAGGCCAUUUCAUCGAACUAAAGAGCAUGUAGUCACAUAUGAUUCUAUUGGAGGUUCUAUUUCUUGCAGUUGUAGAAAGUUUGAAUUCUCAGGUAUUUUAUGCUCACAUAGUUUAAAAGUCUUAACAUUUAUGAAUAUGGAUCGAAUACCUGAUGAAUAUAUCUUAAAGCGGUGGACCAAACAUGCGAAGAAUGGUAUGACAGGAGGUUGUGAUGAAGGAGUUGUUGUUGAUGAAAAAUCAAAAAAGAAGCAACGAUAUAAAGAGUUAUGUAACUCAUUCAUGCAGUUGGUAGUAAAAGCAGUUGAGAGUGAAGAUGGUUAUACUUAUGCUAGUGAUUGUCUUCUGAAAAUGGGAAACAAACAUUGA